AUGGAUAAGAAACUUCAUAGCGGAAUUCAUCACCCAACGUUGCGGCUAUUGCAAGAAGCGGGAUGUGAAAUAACACCACACAAUUUAAUGUAUCCCCUAUUUGUGGUGUGCGACGAUGAUGCCCUACAGCCCAUCGAAAGUAUGCCGGGACAGGCAAGAAUGGGAGUGAAUAAGCUAAAAGAGCAUUUGGAGCCCCUAAUCGCCAAAGGUUUAAGUUCUGUUUUGCUAUUCGGUGUCGUCGAUUGUGAUAUGAAAGACGAAAACGCAAGUCACGCUGAUUCAAAAGAAAAUCCAGUCGUGAGAGCUUUGCCCCUGCUACGUAAAUGGUUCCCCAACUUGUUGAUAGCAUGUGACGUUUGUUUGUGUCCGUACAUGUCGCACGGCCAUUGUGGCAUACUCGAUGAGAAUGGUUUACGCAAUGAAGAUAGCAUAAAACGUCUUGCCGAAGUUGCGGUGGCAUAUGGUAAAGCUGGUGCUCACAUUGUUGCCCCCUCCGAUAUGAUGGAUAAUCGCAUUAAGGCCAUUAAGGAGGGCCUGAUUGCUGCCAAAUUAGAAAAUCGUGUUUCACUCCUGUCCUAUUCGGCAAAAUUCGCCUCGAAUUUCUACGGGCCAUUUAGAGAUGCUGCCAAAAGUGCACCGGCCUUUGGUGAUCGCCGGUGUUAUCAAUUGCCAAGUGGUUCCAAAGGUUUGGCUAUGCGUGCCGUACAACGAGAUGUGGUAGAGGGCGCUGAUAUGCUGAUGGUUAAACCUGGUAUGCCUUAUUUGGAUAUUUUACGUCAAACAAAAGAUACAUUUCCCAGCCAUCCGUUGUACGUAUAUCAGGUGUCUGGUGAAUAUGCCAUGAUCUAUUAUGCUGCUCAACAUGGUGCAUUCGAUUUAAAACAGGCCCUAAUGGAAUCUAUGAAAGGUUUCCGUCGUGCCGGUGCUGAUUGCAUUAUAACAUAUUUUACUCCCGUGUUGUUGGAUAUAUUGUUGGAAGAGAAAUGAUAUACGGAAAUCCAAAAGGCUACCUCUCCAUUGAAAUUGAAAUAAGUGUAC